AUGAAGAAACGUUCUGUGUCAUCUGGUGAUCGCAGUACAGGCGAUUUGCGUCGGGAUUUGACGAAAAAAUCAAGUGCUCCACCAAUUGAUGAUGGCGUCGAUGAGACUGAGAGAACAAUUCCAAAUCCCCCGAGAAAUGAGAGCGGUCCAAUUCCACCAAUCAGCGAGAGCACAAAUCCUGCAACCAAUGUGAGCACAAAUUCCACAGUUGAUGAGAGCACACAUCGACCUAAGAGGCUUCGACUGGAAUUUGAUCCUAAUCACAUUAUUCCUGACCCCGCUCUUCGGAUACCCAUCGAAGAUUAUGCUAAUGAAAUUAGAGAUGAAGUGAGGAGGGCAUAUUUAUUGAAGGGUCGAACAGAAGCAAAUGGGCAUGUCUUUGAGCAGACACUUGAUGGUAAAGUAUGGAGAUCGUUUCAAAGAUCAUGGCUUGGUAAGUAUGAUUGGUUGGAAUAUAGUGUGAAAGAGAAUGCCGCCUUUUGCUUCUACUGCUUUCUUUUCAAGAAAACAGCACAACCCAACACAUUUGGAAAUGAUGUGUUCUCAAGAGAUGGGUAUAGUCGUUGGAAGACCGCUACUGCUGCUUUUAAAAAACAUGUUGGUGGUCCAAAUAGUGUCCAUAACAUUGCAAGGGAUUGUGCAAGAUAUCUCAUAGCACAGGGGGAAGCUUUUCGUGGACAUGACGAAUCUUCUACUUCCAUCAACAAGGGAAAUUUCAAAGAGUUGUUAGAGUGGUACAAAGAUAAGAAUAGUGAAGUGAAGGAAGCAUUUGAGAAGGGGCCAGGAAAUGCACUUAUGGUUUGUUCAGAUAUUCAAAAGCAACUUGCAAAAUGUUGCGCUCAAGAAGUCACAUCUGUAAUUAAGAGUGAAAUUGGAGAUAGGAACUUUGCAGUGCUUAUUGACGAGGCUAGAGAUUCAUCAAUAAAAGAGCAAAUGGCUGUGAUUGUGAGGUUCGUGAACAAUCAAGGGAAGGUCAUGGAAAGUAAGUGUAUUUCUGAUUUCUUCAACCACGUUCCAUUGAUAGUUACUCAAGUGAGUGCAUCUUGCAAGAGAAAAGAUACACUAAUUGCAAAGCACCAAGAUGUCUUGUUGGAAAAGUUAGAAAAUGGUAAGAUCUCAUCUGGAAAAGGGCUGCAUCAGGAAUCUGGCCUAGCAAGACCUGGAGAUACUCGAUGGGGCUCACACCUAAAAACCUUGCUCCGUAUAUAUCAGAUGUGGGAGUCGGUAGUAGAUGUGCUAACAAUUGUAAGUACCGAUGCUCGUGAACACUCUAGUGUAGUUGGAGCUGGUGGUUUGGUAAAGAAGAUGGAAUGUUAUGACUUUGUUUUCAUCCCGAACUUUUUAAUAGGCCUGUUGACCAUCACAAAUGAUCUCUCACAAGCUUUGCAGAGGAAGGAUCAAGAUAUUGUUGAAGCUAUGGGUUUAAUCUCAGAUGUGAAAACACGCUUGCAAGAUGUCAGGGACAAUGGGUGGGAACCAUUACUUGACCAAGUGAAAAGUUUUUGUGAGGAGUAUGGCAUAAAUGUGCCAAAUAUGGAUGAUCUUACUGUACCAAUGGGUGAAUCUGUUCGGUCGAAGAAUAAAGUGACUCUACGCCAUUAUUACAAGGUCGGUAUAUUCAAUGUUGCUAUUGAUGCGACUAUGACUGAGAUAAAUCAUCGCUUCAAUGAAGUUUCCUCAGAGUUAUUGGUAUGCAUGUCUUGUCUUAAUCCAAGCAACUCCUUCGCUAUGUUUAAUGUUGAUAAACUUGUUCGACUUGCUGAGAUCUAUGAAGCGGAUUUCACCAUCUCCGAUCGGUUAAUGUUAAGAAGUCAGCUACAAAUCUUCAUUCUUAAUAUCGGGAGAAGUGAGAAAUUCCAUGGGUGUUCUGAUAUUUCCAAACUUUCUCAAUUGAUGGUUGAAACAAAAAAAGAUAAAACAUUCCCAUUGGUUUAUCGGCUUAUUGAGCUUACAUUGAUCCUUCCUGUGGCUACGGCAUCUGUUGAGCGAAUAUUUUCAGCAAUGAGUAUCAUCAAGACAUAUUUGCGAAACAAGCUAUCAGAUGGGUGGCUCAAUGACUUGAUGGUGUGCUACACCGAGCAGGAGAUAUUCAAAAGUAUUGAUGAUGCUAAAAUUACGAAGCGAUUCCAAUCGAUGAAAGAUCGCAGAGGACAUUUGCCGAAAGAAAGAAACGUAAUAACUUAGAGAUAUACAUAAUUAUUUUGAAUUUAAUAUAAUUUGGAGCCUAGCUAGUAUUCACUGAUUUUGCUUAUUUUGACGUGCAUGUCACUUGAUAGCCGAUGCAUACUGUUAUGUGGGGACUAAUUCUCGUUAUAUUAGCAACUUAGCAAGGUAUCUAAUUGUAU